AGAGCAUCCAUUGCUGAGACACUGAUGCAGUGCUACAUUUCUACAAACCUGAUGAAGAAACAAACUCAGAUGAACUGACGGUGAGUGAUUUUUUUGCGUGAACUGUUCCUUUAAGAGCAGAGACUGUAGUUGUCUCACAUAUUUAGAGUUCAUUCUUCAGAAACCCCCGAGUGUGUUUAUAUAUAGAAUAACUGUGGUUUCUUCUCACAGGUGGCAUCUGACAUGACAUUCCAGCUUCAUAUCUGCUCUGACACUCCCACAUUCCCAUAACUCUCUCCUCUGGACCUCCACGACCGGAGACAGCAGAUCCGAUCUUCUCUGUAGACUGAUUCUGGUUUCUGCUUCCAGAUCCUGCUGAAUCACUGAGUCUGGAUCUGGAAGAUCGUGAGUCAGACGCUCCAAAAUAGAGUCAGAAAUACUUCAUGCACGCCUGAGGAGGAACGUCUUGAGGAAGGAACGGCCUCGACUCGAGCAAGACAGACGAGUGCUGCAAAACUCAACAUCAGCCUCCUGCUGCCGGAUCCACGGAUCUUGAAAUACUCCGUCAUAAUAAGACAUAAAAUACACUAGCGUCUGGGCCUUGCUGAGCAGAGACGACCUUUGACCCCAAACACUGGACCGCUAGUGUCCCGUCUCAUCAUGAGCGUCUCCUCCGGACAUCAGCUGAACGUCUCGGCUGUGUUUUCUCCCAGAGGUGCGGCCCGCGUGUGUCAGCUGACGCUGGGCUGCACGAUCGUCUCAUUAGUGAUCCACGGCGCCGGUUACAGCGCCACCUACGGGACCUUCUGCAUGGCGGUCUGGACGAGCUGCUUCACUGUCAGCGCGGUCGUGCUGGUGCUGGAGGUGACCCGUCUGCAGGCGAGUCUCCCGGUGUCCUGGGAAAACCUGACGGUGACGUUAGCAUCUCUCGCCACGCUGCUGUCGCUCACGGCGUCUAUCGCAUAUCCUGCGUUCUUCGUGCGCGCCAACGACUGUCCAUACAACAACUGCGAGGUCAGAAACUUUCGGAUCGCUGUGAGCGUGUGCUCGUGGGGUGCAUGCGUCGCGUACGGGACGGAGGUGUUCCUGUCGCGGGCCAAACCGGGACGCAGUGGGAGCUACAUGGCAACGGCGCCCGGUGUCCUGAAGGUGGCGCAGAUCUUCGUAGGAUGCGUGAUUUUCGCGAUGCUCACCGACGGAACUGAUUUCACGCGGCACGCGGCGACGCUGUACUGCGCAGUGGCGUUCGGCGUGUGUUUGUCCGGGACUGUCCUGCUGGUGGCGCUGGUGGUGUCGGGUCGGAGCGCUGCGCUGCGGAUGCUCCGGAUGCCGUUCGAGCGGCUCGCAGUGAUCUACACAUUCGCCGCGGUGCUGCUGUAUGUGAGCGCCGCCGUGCUUUGGCCCGUCUUCUGCUUCGACAGGAAGUACGGCGCUCCGCUGCGGCCGCAGGGCUGCCCGAGGGGCAAGUGCUCAUGGGAUAUGAAGCUCGCCGUCGCUGUGAUGAGCUUCGUAAACCUCGCGCUUUACAUCGCCGACCUCGUCUGUUCCCAGAGGAGCCGUCCAGCGGCGCCGCCAGCUCGAGUCUGAGCAUCAUGACACUGAUGAUAAUACUGCUGGAUUACUGUAUUCAUGAUAUCAACAUUGAACAUCAAGUAUUGGUACAACAUUUCUGUGCAACUAAAUAAAAACAAUCAACUGCCAGUAAAUUGUGUUGGGUAUGGAAGGCCGUUUCCGCCACUGAA